GGCCGGGGCUUCGCGAUGUCGCUCGUGCUGCUGAGCCUGGCUACGCUGUGCUGGGGAGCGGCGUCCCCGGAGCCGACGAUUCAGUGUGGCUCUGAGCCCGGACCAUCUCCAGAGUGGAUGGUCCAACACACUCUGACCCCAGGAGACUUGGGGGACCUCCGAGUGGAGCCCGUUACAAGCGGCGUUGCAAUGGACAACUAUUCCAUCUCGAUGAACAUCAGCUGGAGACUCCGGGCUGAUGCCAGCAUUCGCUUUCUGAAGGCCACCAAGAUCUGCGUGACAGGCAAGAGCAGCGCGCAGUCCUACAGCUGCGUGAGAUGCAAUUACACGGAAGCUUUCCAGACUCAGACCCCACGGACCGGCGGCAGGUGGACGUUUUCCUACACAGGCUUCCCUGUAGAGCCAAACACAGUCUAUUUCAUCGGGGCCCACAAUAUCCCCAAUGCCAAUAUGAAUGAAGACCCCCCCUCCGUGUCUGUGAACUUCACCUCGCCAGGCUGCCUAAGCCGCAUAAUGAGAUACAAAAAAAAGUGCGUCGAGGCAGGAAGUCUGUGGGAUCCCAACAUCACCGCUUGCAAGAAGAACGGGACAGCAGUAGAAGUGAAUUUUACAACCAGCCCCCUUGGAAACAAAUACAUGGCUCUCAUCCAAAAUAACAUUGUAAUUGGGUUUUCUAACGUGCUGGAGAACACACCCCCAAGUCGCACUUCGGUGGUGAUCCCAGUGACCGGGGAAAGUGAAGGUGCUGCGGUCCAGCUGACUCCGUACUUCCACACUUGUGGCAAUGACUGCAUCAGACGCAAAGGAACAGUUGUGCUCUGCCCGUCAGCAGGCACGUCCUUCCCCUGGGAUAGUCGCAGAGGCAUGCUGGGUGGCUGGCUGCCUCUCCUCUCCGCUCUGCUGGUGGCCACAUGGGUGCUGGCCGCUGGGAUCUGUCUCAUGUGGAGGCGCGAAAGCACCAGGAAGGCUCCCUUCCCUACUACCACACUCCUGCCCCCCAUUAAGGUUCUUGUGGUCUACCCAUGUGAAAUAUGUUUCCAUCACACGGUUUGUCACUUCACUGAGUUUCUUCAGAACCACUGCAGAAGUGAGGUUAUCCUUGAAGAGUGGCAGAAAAAGAAAAUAGCAGAGAUGGGUCCGGUGCAAUGGCUCACCACUCAGAAGAAAGCAGUGGAUAAAGUCAUCUUCCUCCUUUCCAAUGACGUCAGCCCCAGGUGCGAUGGCACCUGUGGCAGGAGUGAUGGCAGCCUCCAUGAGAAUUCCCAAGACCUGUUCCCCCUGGCCUUUAACCUCUUCUGUAGUGAUCUGAGAAGCCAGACUCCCCUUCACAAAUACAUGGUGGUCUAUUUUAGAGAGGCUGAUACCAAAGACGAAUACAGCGCGCUCAGCGUCUGCCCUAGGUACCACCUCAUGAAGGAUGCGCCUGCUUUCUGUACAGAACUACUCCGUGUCAAGCAGGAGGUGUCAGCAGGAAAGAGGCUGACGGCCUGUUCCCUGUAGCCCACCCGUGAGAAGUGAGGGGCCUUGAAGCCUUCCUACUCCUCCAGUUACAGGUGGAAAGUAUCUCAGAUGAUUGUGAAGUUUCCUGGGUGGGCUAUGUGCAGGGAGACGUCACAGACACCUGCUGUAUUUAGCAUCAGGAGCAGGAAGGAUUCCUAAAUGAAUACAUACGUCAAAACGUUUAUGCCUGGAAAAACUGUUACAAAUACUACUAACUACUGUAGCAUUAACUGAAGACAGAAACUAAAUUUACAAAGCUAAAUCAACUUCACUCCUAAAAGUCAAGGAGAACUGUAAGGCAGAACUAUAAGCAUUCUGACAACACAAUGAUAAACACCCUCCAGCUGACCAUCCAGUCCUGAAUAGCCCAUGCACUGCACAGUAACUAGAACUACUUAUUUCUCGGACACUCUAAACUUGGUAAAUACCGAAGUAAAGCCUUUGUUCAUUCACUCAGUAAGUUCAUGGGUAAAAAAAACCUUCUAUUAGAUCCAAAAGCCAUUUUUAAAACAGAAUAGGGAGUAACAAGCCAAAAUCCUCUCUGCUGACCAGAUGAUGCAGGAUACGUGCAGCCACUUGUAUUAUUGGGGCUUGCAGAGGACCUGCUCCCUCUGAACUAGAUUCAUGUCUUAGCCAAAUCUUGUACAGGUGACUUUUAACGUAGAUACCGACACCCAUUACCUGCAGACCUGAUGUCUACUUUUGCCCAAAGUUACCUAUUAAAGGUUAUUAUCAAGAAAUCAGAGUUUCUUGUUUACUAUGCGACUUCUCAUGUUCAAAACACAAAUAAUUCCUGCUCUGUUCAAAGUCAGCCCUCUUGGGGAGCCUGGGUGGCUCAGUGGG